AUGGCCCGCAAGUCAGUUGAAGCGAUUUCUUGUGAUCACCGGGUCAAUGUCCACGGGCACACUCAGCACUUUCCAUACACGCGGCUUUACAUGGGGCUCGAGCUCCACGUGGUUAAUGUGAAGGCUUUUUUCCUCCUUGCCUUCCUUUUUUAUCCCUGGAGCGAGCAGCCCCAGGAGAAGCCCUGUGCCCAGCUCCUGGUCUCUGUGGCCACCCCAGGCUGCGAUGGGUUUCCCAGCCUGGACUCCAAGGAGAGCUAUGAGCUGUCCAUCUCCGUGGACGCCCUGCUGCUCUCUGCGGAUGCCGUCUGGGGAGCGCUCAGAGGUGAGGUGUCCGCGGGCAUUCCCGCUGCCCUGCCCCACGGCACCGAGGGGCGGCUCUUGUGCCUCCCUCCUGGCUGGCCGUGUGAGCGGGGGGAGCCCAGGGGCCCGAGGUACUAUGUCAACGAGACGGAGAUCGUGGACUUCCCCCGCUUUCCCCACCGAGGCCUCUUGCUGGACACCUCGCGGCACUACCUGCCCCUGAAAGCCAUCCUGCAAACGCUGGACGUCAUGGCUUACAACAAGUUCAACGUGUUUCACUGGCACAUUGUGGACGACCCGUCGUUCCCGUACGAGAGCGCGACCUUCCCCGCGCUCACGGGUGCCGGAGCCUUCCAUGCCGUCACGCACGUGUACACGGCCAACGACGUGCAGGCCGUGAUCGAGUACGCCCGGCUCCGCGGCAUCAGGGUCGUCGCCGAGUUUGACACCCCUGGGCACACGCUUUCAUGGGGGCCAGGUGCUCCAGGCCUCCUGACUCCCUGCUAUCUGGGCAAGAAUCUUUCUGGGACCUAUGGGCCCGUCAACCCCAUCCUUAACAGCACCUAUGAGUUUGUGACGCGCUUCUUCCAAGAGGUCAGCACUGUGUUCCCGGACUUCUUCCUUCACCUCGGCGGUGACGAGGUGGACUUCACGUGCUGGAAGUCGAAUCCAAAAAUCCGUGCCUUCAUGCAGGAGAUGGGAUUUGGUGAGGAUUUCAGAAAACUGGAGUCGUUCUACAUCCAGCGGCUUCUGGACAUCGUCUCUUCCUAUGGCAAGGGUUACAUGGUGUGGCAGGAGGUGUUUGACAACGGAGCGAAGCUGAGGCCCGACACGAUCAUCCACGUGUGGAAGGAGAAGUCCCCUCCGUAUGUGCAGGAGAUGGAGCAGGUCACCAAGGCCGGGUACCAGGCGCUGCUCUCGGCCCCCUGGUACCUCAACCGCAUCUCCUACGGGCAGGACUGGAUCGACGCCUACCACGUGGAGCCCCUGCAAUUCAAAGGCAGCCCAGAGCAGAAGGAGCGGGUGAUCGGCGGAGAGGCCUGUAUGUGGGGUGAAUACGUGGAUGUCACUAACCUGACCCCCAGGCUCUGGCCGAGAGCCGGGGCUGUCGCCGAGCGCCUUUGGAGCAACGCGACGGUGAGGGACCUGCAGGAUGCUUACGCGCGGCUGGGCGAGGGGGCCUGCUGCUCCCGCAAGCAGCGAGCAGGCCCCAUCCUGCCUCCGCGUGGGGUCCAGGCUGAGCCGCUCUUCGUGGGCUACUGUGAGCACGAAUUCAAUGGGAUUUGA